CAGCACGAAGAAGGCCAACCAAACACACAACCUCAAGCUAACUGUAACAACGAGUUGCGAUACUUGACAUUAUCAGAAAGUGAAACAUAAGCCCGAAGUAUUCGGUAAACGUUACCGCUGCAAGCGGGCCAUGCAGCUCCCCAGAAGGUAAUGAGCCGGAAAGCCUCGAGGUCUCGGCUCAGCGGUGCCCACAAACUGCAGCAGCCACACCGGAAUGACUGGCAGCCCAGAGUUGAUAGUGUGUCAUUCAUCGAGGACGGAGUGAGGUCCAGAGAGCUCGGUUCGGCAGCAUUUCCUGACACAUUGCCCUUCAGCUUGGCUGAGCAGCCUGUGGUGCCCAGCGAUGCCUAUGCUGCUGCAGAUGCACUUCUGGAAGAGGGUGGAUAUGAAGCUGGUCAAGGUGUCUCUGAUACUACUUUUGGUUGGAAGUCGCUGGGGCAAGAGUUGAGGCCAAAUGACGUGACGGCGGAUUUAAACUCUUUUCAGCAUGGAAACCGUGCUUUAGCUUCAAAGGACAUGAGGAAAUCGCAGGACAGAGGGAUGGCUCACUCCGAUGAGUCUCGGUUGGCCAACCUCCUGCGCCGAGUCUCAAGGGAGGAUGAUCGUGAUCGACGGUUGACCACCCUCAAGCAGUUAAAGGAAUUCAUCAGUCACAAUGAGAACAAAGUGAACUUGGUCAAACAGUUGGAUACCAUCCUCAGCACCUUGAAUGAUAUUUUGAAUGAGAGUAGUAAGCUGCUCUGGGAGUUGCGUCAGGAUGCAGCAGCCUGCUUGGGUCUGCUCUGCACUGUGCUCAGCUAUGAGGCAGAGCGCAUCUUCAAGUGGAUUUUCCUCAAGUUUGCUUCAAGCAGUCGUGACGAGGUGAAGCUGUUGUACCUGUUAGCAACACAGCGUGCUUUGGAGGCCGCGGGGGAGAGAAAGACCUACACUCAAGUCAUGCAGCUGGUGAUGAGCAAUCUCCAGUCAAUCUUGGAGAAUGUGGACACUCCAGAGCUGCUUUGUCGAAGUGUGAAGUGUAUUCUUCAGGUGGCUCGCUGCUACCCACACGUCUUCAGCACCAAUUUCAGGGACACAGUGGAUAUCUUGGUGGGCUGGCACAUUGAUCAUACUCAGCAGCACUCACUCACUCAGCAGGUGUCAGCCUGGCUACAGAGUCUGGAGCAAUUCUGGGUGGCAGAUUUGACUUUUUCCACCACUCUGCUGGGACAGUUCUUGGAGGAUAUGGAAGCAUAUGCAGAGGAUCUGAGCCAUGUUGUGUCAGGUGAGGUGCCGGAUGAAGACAUCCCACCUCCUGCAGUGUCUCUACCAAAACUGGCAGCUCUUCUGAGGGUGUUCAGUACAGUAGUUCGUAGUAUCGGCGAGCUUUUCAGCCCCAUCAGAGGACCCCCCAUCACUGAAUUCUAUGUCACUGAUAUUCUUAACCGGGUUCUGGCAUGUGUGACCACAGCCAAGCAGGUCCAGUUCUCUGAGGCAGUUCUAACUGCAGGGAAUGAGUGUGUGGGUGUGUUGCUGGCCAGCAUGGAGCCCUGUGGUCAACUAAUGGAGACAGUCUUAGCCUAUGGCUUGGACCAGUUGGACUGCUGCCGUGCUUGUGGUUCAGACUACAACCUAGCAGCACUCAGCCUUCUCACUCUGAUUGUGGAACAGAUCAACACAAAGCUGCCUGCGUCCUUUGUGGAGAAAUUAUUAGCACCUGACUCGCAGCUGCUGGAAUUGCGUUCCCAUCGAGAGAAAGAGGUGGUGGCGAAUGUACAUGGGGUGUACCAGGCACUCCUGAGUCUGAAAAACAUUCCCACACUGGAGGCAGCUUAUAAAUUGGUAUUGGGAGAGAUGGCGUGUGCCUUGUCCAGCAUUCUGGCAACCCUGAAGCUGACUAGUGGAAUUGAGGCACCCGAUAUCCGCUGCCUCAGCAUCCAGCACCCUGCUUUCGCUUCAGUCACCCUCAACCCAGAGAAGGCACAGUUCAUCCUCAUCUUCAAUCUCAGCACCCUCACUACCAUUGGGAACACCAAGAACUCGCUCAUUGGGAUGUGGGCUUUGUCUCCUACCGUCUUUGCCCUGCUCAAUCAUACGUUGAUGCUGGUGCACUCUGAGUUAGCAGUCUACUACCCUGCCGUCCAGUAUGCUGUGCUUUACACCCUCUAUUCCCACUGCACCAGACAUGAUCAUUUCAUCUCAUCCAGCUUGUCGUCAUCUUCCCCAUCCCUGUUUGAUGGUGCGGUCAUUAGCACUGUCACAACAGCUACAAAGAAACAUUUCAGCACUCUGCUAAACCUUCUGGGAGGGCUGCUGGUGAAGGAACAUCUGUACCCUGAAGCCAGGAGGCUGCUGCUGACGUGGGCUCAAGAGAUCUCACUGCUGAUGAAGAAGUCAGACACCUACAGCCCUCUCUUCUCCUUGCCUUCCUUCAACAAGUUCUGUCGCGGCCUGCUUUCCAACGCCCUGAAUGAAGAUCAGCGUAUCUGCCUUCAGACCUGCAACAGUUUACUUAUUCUCUCUUCAUCUUUAUCUGUGGAACUUCUGCAGAGGUGUGUGGAUGUGUGCAGAGUCCAGCUGGUCCACUCAGCAGUGAGAGUGAGGCAGGCCUAUAGCAAGCUCCUUAGGACAAUCCCCCUGGAUGUUUCCUUAAGUAACCACAGCCGCCCAGAGAUGACUCAGAUCUCAUUGUCCAUCCGCCACCACAUGAGUCGAGCACCAAGCAGCACCUUGCACCCCCAGGACUUCAGUGACCUCAUCAGCUUCAUUUUAUAUGGAGCCCUGCACCGUGGAGGCAAGGAUCCAUGGUUGGAGCGACUUCAUUACAGCUGCCAGCGCCUCGAGAAACGGGAUGGCCGGGGUGGUGCUGAUGGCAUGCGUCCUGGUGUCGUGCCCCGGGCUCUGUUAAAAACUGAAGUGGUGCUGUGGCAGUGGGCAGUGUGGGAAGCUGCACAGUUCACUGUCCUGUCCAAACUCCGAACUCCACUUGGCCGAGCUCAAGACACAUUCCAGACCAUUGAAGGUAUGAUCCGCAGCCUGGCAGCACACAGCCUAAACCCAGAGCAGGAUGUUGGACCAUGGGCUGGUGCUGGAAGUGACGGAGAUGGUCACCAUUCCAAUCAGCUCCGGAUCACGCUACUGCUUCAGUAUCUUGAGAACCUGGAGAAGCUUAUGUAUAACGCGUAUGAGGGCUGUGCUAAUGCGCUCACUGCCCCACCAAAGGGUAUCAGGACAUUCUUCUACACUAAUCGUCAGACGUGCCAAGACUGGCUGACAAGGAUCCGCCUUUCACUGAUGAGGGUUGGUCUCCUGUCUGGCCAGCCAGCAGUGACCAUACGUCAUGGCUUUGAUCUUCUUGCUGAGAUUAAAAACAGCAGCACCCAGGGUCCAGAAUUAGAGGUUCCUCUAACAUUAUUGGCAGAAGCUCUUUGCGAGCUGCGUUGUCCAGAUGCUAUCCAAGGACUUGCUGUCUGGAGCCUCUCUAACACUGGCAAGAGUCUCAGCUGGUUGUCCUCAGUUGCUUUACAAGCAGAGGGACGGUUUGAGAAAGCAGCUCUGGACUACCAAGAUCAGCUGUCUGCAGUUUCCGGGAUGGACUGCAGCAUCAAAAGCUCUGACUGUUACCUGCUUAAACUCACCAGUAAUACCAGCAGCCCCAAACAUACAAGCAAUGGUGAAAGCAGGAAAACUGUGUUGCUGAAGUCAAAUGAGUGCUCUCCUGAGGCGGUCAACCUCCUGGCCAACAAAGCAUGUCAGUGCUAUGUGGCACUUUGUGAUUGGCCCUCAGUCAAGGAAUGGCAGUCCUCUGUUCAUGCUCUGAAACAGAAUUCUACCAGUCUAGUCAGCAUCAACCUAAGGGCUGAUUUCAACUACAUUCAGGCCCUAAGCCGCUUUGAGGAUGGGGAUUUCCCUGAAUGUGGUGCUCAGCUGGAACUUCUGCCUGGAGAAGACUUCAGCUCACUUUCCAGUAACAAGGACAAGAUGGAUCUGAAGAGGCUUCUGCCCUCAUUGAGUCCUGAUCCAACAGAACUUCAGAGAGCCAUUGAGGUACAGCUCCUCCGUACUGCUGUUAGUGCCCUAGCAAAAGCCAGUCAGCCAACAGAGCAAAGGGCCACAGCCAAUCAAGAUACAUUGGUGCGAUGUCUGAAACAAACUGGACGGAUCUGUCUGGGUCCUCUUCGCCUGUCAACACUGACCCUCUCUGAUGCCUUGCCCACCCUUUCCACUUUGCAGCUCCAUUGUAUUGCCACUCUGGAGAACACUAUUUCAGGACAAGAGGACUAUGUGGUUCCUUUGAACAGUGAGGCUCUGAGCUCAUGUAAACAACAGGAUGUUCAGCCUUUCCUUCAAGCCCUCAGAUACACCAUGUUCCAGAGACAACUCCUCAACAAAGUGAGAGGUUCGUCUCCAACCACAGAUGCCCACCUCAUGGAACUUUGUUUGACCACUGUAAAGUUUGCUCGAAAAAAAGGCAACAUUGCCCUGGCAUCCCGCUUGCUCAGCCAGUGUUGCGAUGGAACCCAAGACGAGGAGCAGGGCGAUGAACUAAUAAAGGCCUUCCGGCGCCUCAAUGUGGAAGGCACACUGGGAGAGAAGUGGGGACCAGAGCUGCAGAUAGAAAAAGCCAAAGUAGUGAGGACUUCAGGCCAGUCCAUCACAGCGAUGGAAAUGCUGAGCAGGGCUGCUCUGUCAUAUUGCUAUGUGGGGAAGAAUGAAGGUGCUGCCUGUCGCUCACUGCUCACGCUCUGCAAAUGGCUGUUAGCCGACUGGAAGGACAUGAUACCCCAGCUUAAACAGGUUGUAAAGAUGUCAGGGGCAGUAAACUCAUCCAAUGCGGUGAGCAACAUGUCACCUUUGUGUCAGAACAUUUCUGCUCUGCUGGAGCUUCCUCUCGUGGAACUGAGCAUUCCCCACAUUACCACUGAGACUUCAGUGAGUGUUGGUGUUGGGGAGCCAGACUUUGUGCUUGGUCAACUCUACCAGCUCUCCACGAGCUUGGCCCCAGAGGUAGCAAAGUCCUGGGCAGCACUGGCCAGCUGGGCGUACCGCUGGGGUAGGAAGGUUGUUGAUAAUGCCAGCCAAGGUGAGGGAUUGCCUCUUCUUUCUGGAGAAAAGAAGGAUAUUGAGGAACUUCUCCCUGCAACUACAAGUGAAGAAGACAAAGAAACCAUUUUUAGCAUCCUUGGUCAAGCCAUGUGUCGACCAACUGGCAUACAGGAUGAGGAUAUGGCGCUCCAGCAGGACGAUGACGAGGAUGACAUGGUGGAUGUGAUAUGGCGACAGCUAACAGCUUCCUGCCCCUGGUUAGCAAAGGCCGGCCAACCUGUUGCAGAUGGGCUGAUACGGGUUUGGAGACGUGUGGUGGACCGAAUAUUUGGCCUAUACCGGAUCUCUUGCCAAGCAUAUUUCACAUUCUUGAAGCUCAAUGCGGGCCAGGUCCCUAUCGAUGAGGACGACCCAAAACUCUUACUGUCCUGUCAUAACAGCAAACAGAGUAAUGAUGACGUGAUAGUCAUGGCAACCCUUCGUCUCCUCCGUCUGUUGGUCAAGCAUGCUGGGGAACUGAGGGAAGGGCUUGAGCUCGGUUUAGCGUCCACCCCGACAGCACCUUGGAGGGGUAUCACGCCACAACUCUUUUCACGUCUUAAUCAUCCAGAAGCAUACAUACGACAAAGCAUAUGCAGCUUGCUCUGCCGAGUGGCCCAGGACUCCCCACAUCUCAUCCUUUACCCUGCCAUUGUGGGUUCACUCUCUUUUGGAGGGGAUGCUCAAAAUUCAGGGAGCAAACUGCCAUCCGCUUUGCCCACAUUUUUGGGGAGCAUCCAAGUGGAGGGCCUUGGUGGGGAGGAGGAGGAGCAGCCAGAGAGUGGUGACAAAGGAGACACUCCAGAAGAGCUGGCAACAUUCUGCUCCAGUCAAGACCAAGCCAUGAUGCAGGAUUGUUACAGCAAGAUAGUGGAAAAGCUGUCUUUAGCGAACCCAACCAUGGUGCUUCAGGUCCAACAGUUAGUCGGUGAGCUGCGCAGGGUGACGUUACUCUGGGAUGAAUUGUGGCUAGGUGUGUUGCAGCAGCAGCACAUGCAUGUCCUGCGCAGGAUCCAACAGCUGGAGGACGAGGUUAAGAGGGUUCAGAACAAUAACACGCUCCGCAGGGAUGAGAAGAUAGCGAUAAUGCGUGAGAAGCACUCUGCUCUGAUGCGGCCUGUGGUUUUUGCCCUGGAACAUGUCUGCAGCAUCACAUCGGCCCCUGCGGAGACACCUCAUGAGACCUGGUUCCAGCAAACCUAUGGCGAUGCUAUAAAGUCUGCCCUCGAGCGACUGAGGAACCCCCACAACCCUGCCAACCCUGCCAGCAGCUGGCUCCCAUUCAAACAGAUUAUGUUAAGCCUGCAGCAGCGUGCUCAGAAGCGAGCCAGCUAUCUUCUCCAUUUGGAUGAGAUCAGUCCACACCUGGCAUCUCUGACUGCAACAGAAAUGGCCCUGCCAGGUGUGGUGUCAGCAUCAGACACUGUCACCAUUCAGAGCAUUGGCAAAUCCAUCACCAUUCUCCCCACCAAGACCAAGCCAAAGAAGCUUUUUUUCCAGGGCUCUGAUGGUCACAACUACCCAUACCUUUUCAAAGGUCUUGAGGAUUUACAUUUGGAUGAGCGCAUCAUGCAGUUCUUAUCAAUUGUAAAUACAAUGUUCACCAAGAUCAACCAACAAGAGCAGCCACGCUUCCAUGCUCGCCAUUAUUCUGUCACACCCCUUGGAACGCGAUCGGGACUGAUCCAGUGGGUUGAUGGAGCCACGCCCCUCUUUGGCCUAUACAAGCGCUGGCAGCAGAGAGAGGCUGUGCUGCAGGCUCAGAAGGCCCAAGACUCAUUCCAGCAGCAGCCAGUGCCUCUUGUACCACGCCCAAGUGAGCUCUAUUACAGUCGCAUUGGUCCUGCCCUGAAAGCGGUUGGGCUCAGUCUGGACGUAACACGGCGAGAUUGGCCCCUCAGUGUCAUGAAGGAGGUGCUGAAAGAAUUGAUGGAGGCUACGCCUUCCAAUUUACUGGCCAAGGAGCUGUGGUGUUCAUGUACCACACCUAGUGAAUGGUGGAGGGUCACUCAGUCAUAUGCCAGAUCCACUGCUGUCAUGUCAAUGGUGGGAUACAUAAUUGGCCUUGGAGACAGACACCUUGACAAUGUGCUUAUUGACAUGACCACUGGAGAGGUUGUACACAUUGAUUACAAUGUCUGUUUUGAAAAAGGAAAGAGCCUAAGAGUCCCAGAGAAGGUACCAUUCAGAAUGACACACAAUAUUGAGAGUGCACUGGGAGUUACUGGGGUGGAGGGCAUCUUCAGGCUUUCUUGUGAACAGGUUGUUCAAAUGAUGCGCCGAGGCAGAGAAACACUUCUGACCCUGCUGGAGGCCUUUGUCUAUGAUCCCCUGGUGGAUUGGACUGCUGGGGGGGAGGUGGGCUUUGCUGGUGCAGUGUAUGGAGGAGGGGGCCAACAGGCUGACAGCAAGCAGAGUAAGAGGGAGAUGGAGAGAGAAAUCACACGCUCCCUCUACUCCUCUAGAGUCGCAGAGAUUAAGGUCAACUGGUUUAAGAAUCGUGAUGAAAUGCUGGCUGUCCUGCCACAAGUGGAAGAGGCUGUGGAUGAGUACUUGGUCCUCCAGGAUCUGCUCUGCCAGGGAGAGAAACUACAAGCCAAGCUUCAGGAAGAGGUAGCCUUCCUGGAAGGAGCAGAGAACCAACCAGAGCAUCGAAUUGUCACUCUGGAGCAAAGAUACUCUGAACACACCCAGCUGCAAUCGCGACAGAGGACUGUGCAAGAGGCCAUUCAAAGUAAGCUGGCUGACCUGGAUCAAUGGAUUUCGCAGUACCAGGCGGCAUUUUCCAACCUGGAGACAACUCAGCUGGCUGCUCUGCUGCAGGACAUCAGUACCCCCAUAGAUCUGGGUCCUCCCAGCUAUGUGCCAGCUACAGCCUUUUUGCAGAAUGCAGGCCAGGCCCCUCUGAUCAGCCAAUGUGAAAGCCUGGAGGCAGAGGUGAGCUCCUUGCUCCAGCAGCGCCGUGGGGCCCUUCGUAUUUGCUUGGAGCAGCUGCAUAGCUACGCAACAGUUGCUUUGCUCUACCCACGAACAAACAUGCUGCGCCAUCGAACCCACCAGUGGAAGGCCUGGUUGGAGGAAAUGCUGAGAGUCAUGUCAGUUGAUCACUGCCAGCAUAUCUACAGACAAUAUGAGGUGCUCUUUGCCCCUCAGUCCAAUGCAGCCACCUGCCAGUUCAUGUCCAAUGUAGAAUUGGCUCUGCAGCGCCAAGUGGCUGACACCAAUGAGCGUGUGAUGCACCAAGCUGAGCGACUGAAAGCUGAAGGCACAACUGCAGCAGCCUGUGAGGAGCAGUUGAAGGAAAUUGAGCACUGCAUUGGGGUCUUCCUGCGGGAAAAUGGAGAGUCAGGCUCACUCAGUCUUGCUGGGAUAAUCACCUCUGCCCUUGGCUCACUCUGCAGGCGCAACCUUGUGAUGGAGAGUGCAGCAGCCAGUGCUGGAGAGCAGCUGGUAGAUCUUAUGUCCCGAGAUGGAGCAUGGUUCCUAGAGGAGCUCUGCAGCAUGAUUGGAAACGUCAGUGCCUUGGCAACGCUAUUGCAACGCUGCCCCCUCCUGCCUAAUGAUCUGGAGCUUCCAUCACCCUCCGCCACCAUUCAGGCAGUUUACCUGGGCAAUUCUGUGUAUACCUGCUUGCAGGAACUGAACACCAAUUUCCGUCAGAUCAUCUUUCCUGAGGCUCUGCGAUGUAUGGUGAAAGGAGAGCCCACCCUGGAGUCCAUGUUGUCAGAAUUGGAGCAGCUGGUGGAGCAGAGCUCUGAUGGUCUCGGCUUGCAGGGCUUGGUUGACAAUCUGAUGGCUACCACAGAGCUAGACCACGGUGGACACAACCAAUGUCUGGACAUCACAAGAAUGUUGCGUGCCCAGUACUCUGAGCUCAUUCAGCCACGCUGCACUGACGGGACGGGCCAGGACUCACCGAAGAUGUCUGCUGGUCAAAUGCUCCUGGUGGCCUUUGAUGGAAUGUUCACUCAGUUAGAGACCGCCUUCGGACAGCUCACUGAAAAGUUGAGGUCACUGGAAGUGCCGUCAGCGUGGAGGAAGGUGGAUGUUAUGAGAGAAGCACGCGCUGCACAGCUCCACUUCUUUGACAGUCUGGCUCAGCGGGAAGUGAUGGAGGAGGUUUUCUUCCUCAAAAGACUACAAACCAUCAGAGAUUUCUUCAGAAUGUGCUCCUGCUUUGCUCAGACACUAUCUGGGCCCCCUGGUGAUGAGCUGUUGAGCUCCAAUGGACCAGUCGGUUUAGGAAAACCGUUGUACCGGCAGACGAAUGCUACUGGCACGACUGGGGCAAUAAUCAGUGAGGAACAAAUGACCCGCCCCAUCAAGGCCUUUACAGCUGAAUUUGUUUGGCAGAUGCUCAUGGGUCUGCCCAGCCAAGCUCUUGGGCUAGCCCUCUGCAGCACCCUGUCUGCUCUUGGGCUGGAUGUCGUUGCCCAGGUUGAGGCUAAAGAUUUCGGUGCAGAGAGCAAGGUGUCUUUGGACGAACUUUGUAAGAAAGCAGCAGAGCAGAACCUUGCAACCGGCCAUGUCUCCCAACUGCUGCUAAACAGAGCCACAGUGCUGGCCGCCUCUUACGACACAGCCUGGAAGAAGUUGGACCUGUUGCGAAGGUUGGAUGGAAACCUGGAUGCUGCAAAGGCCAGCCUACAGAGGAUUCAACUGCAUGUUGCUAUGUUUCAGUGGCAGCAUGAGGACAUCCUGGGUCCCAAUAAUCAGACGCUAAGUGUCAACAUUCCCCCUCGUGCAGUCAUCCUCAGCAACAUAAAAAAGAAGUUGUAUAAGCUCAGUCAGGAUGAGGGAGCCAUUGUUGCAAUUCAGGAGAAGCUUUCCUCACUGGAGGCUAGCAUUGAGCAGCGUCUUAAAUGGGCUGGGGGUGCAAACCCAGCACUGGCCCCAGUCCUUCAGGACUUUGAGAUGACCAUCAGGGAGAAACGUGCCACGGUGGCCAGGGAAAACCAGCGGGCAAGCCAGGUCACCUUCUUGUGUUCCACCAUCCUGAACUUUGAAGGCCUUCGCACCCGAUCCCCUGAGGCUCUCAACAUGGAUGCAGCCUUGUUUGAACUGUUGAAGCGCUGCCAGCAGACAUGUUCUUACGCUGCCCAGUUUAGUAGCACAGUGUCUACACUGGAGCUGGAACUAUUGCAGAGGCUGAGUCCGGUGCUGGACCUACCAAUAGGCAGCCCCGAUUGGCUGAGCUGUGCCCAGAGACGGCUGGAAGAGGAGCUUAGUUCAGAGCAGAGGAUGCAAGAAGAGCGUGAGCAGCAGCUGGAUUCCUGUGCUGAAACACAGCAACUCCUCGUCGACUCCAUUAAAACCAUUUUGUCCAGCCACAACCGCCAACUGGCUGAUGUCAAGCACCUCCUCCGAGCCAUGGCUAAGGAUGAGGAAGCAGCGUUGGCCGAUGGCGAAGAGGUGGCAUAUGAGGGCAGUGUUCGUCAUUUUUUGAUGGAGUACAAAGCAUGGCAGGACAACAUCCAGGUGGUCUUAUUCACUGUCAUUCAGGCCAGUGGGCAGCCACGUAAUCAGGAGCAACUCGAAUUGCUCGAAGAGAUCCCAACCACUGUGAAGGAGCUCCAGUCCCAGAGUCAGAGUGUAUAUAAUGGCCUAGUGGGCUUCGCCUCCCCACUGGUGACGGACAGAGAAAAUGACUGCGCCAGCCCUGUGCCAGCAGCCCAGACGAGCUUUGCAGCGGCUGUUCGAUGCAGCGGGUUGAAGACCCAGCCAGAAUCCAUGUCCCAGAAUGCACGGAAGGCCCUGCCACGUAACCUUGGAACCCCCACGGACACCCCACCCAGCACACUGAUGAACAGCAAAGGCCUGAACCCCAGCCCCAAGAGGGCUGUGCGAGACCCCAAAACAGGAAAAGCUGUCCAGGAGAGGAACUCGUAUGCUGUCAGUGUGUGGAAGAGAGUGAAAGCCAAGCUGGAGGGCAGAGACAUCGAUCCGAACCGGAGGAUGAGUGUCGCUGAGCAGGUGGACUUUGUCAUCAAGGACGCCACAAACAUGGACAACCUAGCCCAGCUGUACGAGGGCUGGACCGCCUGGGUGUGAACACGGCACCAGCGUCAUUCAUGUCUUUGGUCCAGUGACGGGUUAGAGAUCCACUAGAGUCCAGCGGGUCUUGGGUGUCGGAACAGCAGUACCAGGCUACACUGCGAGGAGGAAAAUGGAAAGCGGAAGCUUAGCCCGCCCUCCCGACCUCCUGGGCACCCGUACCGGGCUAGCCCCCCCACUCCCGCAAACAUAGGCGGGCCAACGCAACGCAUAGUGGGUCUGCCGCCCCACCUCCUUUUCUGGGCCCCGACCAGGCAAAGCUGCGCCGGGUCGGGGGAGGGGCGGGAAGGAGGGCAAACGCCUCCUCGCCGUCACCUGGGAGAUACCUUCCCCCCCUUACCUUUGCAGCCCACUAUCAAGUUGCACCCCAAACAUCACUGCAUCCUGUUGAGCUUGUUCAACUUCGCCUGAGUUCAGGAUGAAGCAGGAAGUGAGCCGUUUCCCUCUGAAGUACACCGCCAUCAGGCUGUGGGUGGGACUUCACCGAGGGCUCAAAGCUCAUCAAUGGCUUGUUGGCGUAGCCCCCUCCACCCCCUGUUCUCUUGAAACUCUGCCUCAACGGGUAUGUGAUAUUGAUGGCCUGUGGGCCAGUUGGGCCGGAAUAAAAAGAAUGAAGGUUCCUCAGAAUUCUUCUGAAGACUGAAAUGGGAGGGGAAAUUGAUAAUCAAACUGUUCUUUGAUUGAUCAAACCAUCAUUAGACUUGACCAAAUAAAAGAUUGUUAUUCGGAGUGAUUUGCUCGUCGGGAUGGUCCUUUGUGCUUUUGUAUGUCAAGCUGAAGCACCAAGUCACACGUGACAGGAAAGUGUGAAUUUAUUUAGAGGAGACAUAACCUCCAUGAAAUAUUUCUUCUGUGUGCAUCUUACUUAGUCUGUGUUGUGCUUUGUAACAUAUUGACUCUUCUUUACAAAUAACCAAGUGUAGACUGUUGCUGCCUUUUUUGACUAGCCGACGUAGAAGUUCUUACUUUCCUUAUUAGUCGCAACUACCUUAGCCCUAAUGAUUGUAUUUUAUUCAUCUGGACUUUCUAGUUUUACAUUUUUAGUGGGAGAUAUGAUGCUUUUGGGUGAUGGUGAAAAUGUUUUCUUAAAGAUUUUACUCUCUUUGUUUGACUCUAAAUAAAUGUUGAAUUCAUGUCUUUUUUUUCCCCAGUAACUCAAAUUAACCAAUUAGCCACUGAGCAGAAAGCAAAAAAGCAAAAUGAAAAGUGUA